AGGGAGGAGUUUCGCUAACGGUCAAUUGCAAACAAGUGCUCUCAAAGCCCGCGGUUUUUUGAUUCCCACUACAUACAAUGACUGAUUUCGUGAUGGAAGCAGACAUGGAAGCUACUCCCUCAACAAGCUACGGCGACGAAGACCAACACCCCUGGCCAUAUUUGCAAGACAUGUUUAAAUAUGUUGGAGUGAACGAUUCUUCUACUUCAUAUCGGAUGAAAUGCCUCCUAUGCCUACCUAAAGCUACAGAGAUAUUGGCCUUCAAGAACUCCCCAUCCAACCUCAGGAAACACAUUGAGAGAAAGCAUGUACACCAACUUAAAAAAUAUGGAGAGCUGACAUCAGCAAAGAGGAAAAGGACUACUGAGACUCCCUCCACCAGCAAGCAGACGACAUUAGUCAACACCUUGACUGUGUCUCAGAGGUCCAUUGACAAAGCUGUUGUGAAAUAUGUGGUCCAAGGGCUCCAGCCAUUUUGUGUUGUUGAACAAGAACCAUUUCGAGAUUUUGUGAAGGAACUGCAGCCUAAUGCAAAAAUGAUGACGAGGCUGACCCUGCGCUCAAUGAUUGAUGACGCCGCCAAGGGAAUGAAGAAGGCGGUGACUGAGGCCAUGAGGGGAGUUGACCAUAUCGCCACCACCACCGACUGCUGGUCUGUCAGAAGGCGGAGCUUCAUUGGUGUUACUGCCCAUUGGAUUGACCCUGACAGUCUUAAAAGAUGCUCAGCAGCCCUAGCCUGCAAGCAACUCAGGGGUUCGCACACUUUUGAUGUGUUGGCAAACGCCCUGAAUGACAUUCAUUCUGAGUUCGAAAUUCGUGAUAAAAUUCAGAGAACGACCACAGACAACGGCUCCAACUUCAUUAAAGCGUUCCAAGUUUUUGGUGAAGAUGAAAACAAUAAUGUAUCCCCACCAGAAGAGGAUCAAGAGGAUCAAGAGGAUCAAGAGGGGGGUGAAGAAGUGGAGUAUGUUGACGUGUCGGCUCUUCUAAAUGAAGAUGACGGUUUGGAAUUCCAGCUCCCAAAACACCAGCGCUGUGCUUGUCACCUACUCAACCUAAUAGCUACGGUUGAUGCCCAGAAAGCAACCUCCAAUGAGGCAUACAAGAAAGUGUACCGUUCAACAUUUGGCAAGUGUAAUGCACUUUGGAACAAGUGUGGAAGAUCCGCACUUGCAGCCGAAACUGUUGAAGAUGCUUGCUCCCUCCAACUGCUGCGCCCGAAUGCUACCAGGUGGAACUCCUUGUUCCUGGCAGUGGAAAGACUGUUGAGGAUCAUCAAAGACAAGGGAGGGGGGCCAUCAGAGUCAUCUGCACAGACCUAAAGGUUCCGAUGUAAGUAAGAAUUAUGUAUGUUUUAUUAUUUAAUCAUAAUUUAACCUUUUUGUUGAAUCUGAUGAAAUGGUUAUAUAGUGUUAUAAAACGGUGUUGUUGUUGUUUUUUUUCAUUACAGGUUCAAUCCAGCUGAACUCGCAUUUCUCAUAGAGUAUGCCACUGUCAUGAGCCCAGUCGCCCAGGCAACCAACAUCUUGCAGGAAGAGGCAAAUGCCCAGAUGGGGUGGCUACUUCCAACAGUCAACCUGCUGACCGCCAAACUUGACAGAGCCAAGUUGCCACUGAAGUACUGCAAGCCUUUGGUGGAUGCUCUACAGGUGGGAAUGAAGAAUCGUUUUGGCCACAUGUCAGUAGACCCUGAGUUGAUAGCAGCUGCGAUUCUUCUUCCGAAAUUCCGAACAACUUGGACCAAGGAUGAUGCCACAAUCAGAAUGGGUAAGACAGCAUGGGGACAGUGAAAAAUAAGUGUAUGGGUGUACAUUUUGACUCUUUAUAAUAUUGGCAAAUCCACAAAUCAAUUAUGGAUGCAUGGACAGUGCAUGAAACUAAAUGUAUGAACCUCAAAUUAAAGAAAACUAUUUAGUACAAAACCUUAGGUUGGGGUCAUGAAGUGUUAGAAAGUUGUAUUAAUCCUAUCAUUUAUAUUUUCACUCUCACUAUAUUUCAGGAAUGGACUACAUCAAGCAGCACAUGGAAGAACCCUCCCU